CGUAGCUAUUGUAUUGUACAAUAUUUGAUUUUAAUGCCGAACGGAUGAUCAAAGGAGAACCUAACCUGGAUUUCUUUUCUGAAAGAAAAUAAAAACAUUGUUCAAGUAAUUUAACUCGGAAACCGAUAUUAUAGUGCCGAGAUUCGAGUGGCAAAAGUAACGACUAUUACAAUUCAAAGAUCAUGUAUUCAAUGAACAUACGCGCCGGCACUCGCAUGUUUCGCAUGCACCGAGAACUGCACAGCAACGAGAAAUUGAUCAAAGCGUGCACAGAAAUCGUGAACCGAAAUCCACGAAACUUGGAACGGUUGAGGAUAGCAAGAAAACCCCAAGGUUAUCGUCUUGAAAAACCCGGGUGUAUGUACUGGCACAAGUUGUUCCUGAUUAAAAAGCCACGUUAUAUCAUAGCCGAAAUCUGCCACUUUGAAAAUGGACCAGUUAUUUCAGCUUCUAGUGCAGAAUGGGGAUUGAAGAAGCAAUUAUAUCGGACUACUGAUAGUUCAGCUUAUAUUAAUAUAGGACGAGUGUUGGCUCAACGUUGUCUAGAAGCUGGGAUCUGUGAAAUGGAAGUUGAUGCUGCAUUAACUAGAGACAAAUGUGAAUUAUUGAUUAAAGAAUUAGAAAAGAAUAACAUCAUUUUAACUGAACCACAAGUAUACAGAUAUCCAAAUUCUUGGGACAGUUCUCGACCGGAAAAACCAUGGGAGAUUCACGAAUAGUUUUGUCUCUGUAUAAUAAUAUAAAGAGAUUGUGAAGUGCAAAAUAAGGAACGACAACAAAGUGUACAUACAAAUACUAAGUGCGAUGUAAUCGUAACAUUUGUUUCUUCUUAGUGAAAAUCAAGUAAGGCAAAGCUUGGUGAUCGAUAUAUAAGAUAUUUUAUUAUCUUAACAUCUAUCCACUGUGAAAUGCCGAAUUUUGUACAAUACAGUAUCUAGGAGUAAAAAUAAAUAAUUGUAUCGCUGUUAAAUAAAUGUCUAGUCUACUAGAGAUACAACGCGA